AUGAAAAAUUGUGUAAUUUUACUUUUCCUGUUUUGCGCAUGUAUCAAGUAUGUGAGUUGCCAUGCGGAUCAAAUAAUUAACGAAAAAUUGACCAACCUGGUUUUUUUGAGUUGUAAUUACCAAAAGGGGAAGAAAAAUGAGACGCUAAUAAAAUCGGUGGAGAAAAGGAAGCCACAACUUAUGCUCUGGAUUGGAGAUUAUUUUUACUCAGAAUGUAAAGAGUUGAAAUGCCUUAACGAAGUGUAUGAUUAUAUUAAGAAAGAUCCCUUCUACAUAGGGUUAAAAAAAAAGUUUGUAAUUGACGGCAUAUAUGAUGAUCAUGAUUAUAAUAAAAAUAAUGGAGAUCGACUGUAUGAGCAUAAGAAGGAAAGCAAAACGCAGUACUUAAACUAUCUGAAUGUGCCCAAAAAUGACGUGAGGUACAAACGGAAUGGAGCAUACAUUUCGAAAUUGUAUAUAGACCCGGAGAAUGAAAAAAAUCAAGUGAAAAUUAUCAUUUUAGACACCAGAUAUAACAAAGACCCGUACCCCUUCUAUGCGCCUGACUCAUACCAUGACACUUUGAUGCAUAUAUUCCUCUCGUUCGUUGUUCGCUUUCACGCGGCUCUGUUCGGUCUACACUGCAACAGCAACAAUGACAUUUUGGGCAAUGAGCAGUGGACGUGGCUGGAGAGGGAGCUCACCAACUCGAAGGCGCGCGCGCACAUUGUCAUUUCGUCCACGCAGGUAAAGGGGCCAGAGGGACGGAUAAAUGGAUAG